AUGCCCGAGUGUCGGGAAGAGACACACAAAACAUUGCUCCGUGAUCAAUCUUCGUUCGCCUUCCAGGCCCCUAGCCACCACUACGAGGAGCACCGCCAGCUGAGUGGUCUGCCGCCCGGCGCUUUGUCGAUGGCCUAUGACCAGGUCAACCCCCUGGGCUUUAACAAUGGGCCCCAAAGAUGCCCUGUCAACGGUGAGACGUUCACAGGACGCAUCAAGCGCGAGGUUCCCUUCGACUUCUACACCGUCCCAGCACACAACUUAUCCGAGAUGGACGCCAAAUCAAGCUAUAUGGAGAACGCUCCCUAUUUCUUCUCGGCAAAGCCCAACAUGAGCAAAUCUGUUGACCACAACGCUCUCGGCGGCCAUGAGCUGGAUCACGCCCGUUCGUCCUCGCAGGCCGGUCGCGCGUACCCCGGUAUUCAUCAGCAGCAGGCUGCGAUAGCUGCCAAGGCAGCCUAG